GAGUAAUCAACAGCUGACACCCCCAAAAUGUUUUUGUGAAGGAUAAAAGUUGUGUUUUCUAUAUAAAUUAAUGCGGUUUUUGCUUUUUUAUAGAUAUUGUUUAUAAGUGUUUUUGUUUCGAUACCCCGUAACUUAAAUGAACUCUUUAUGCCGAAGUUGCAGGCUUUUUACUUUAAAAUAUCAAAUUGUGUAAAGAAAGUCUAGCAAUAUGAUGCCUGUAAAGGAUAAUCAAGAUGUGGCUUGUUUCUUUUGCACAAAACACACAACGUGGAAGGGAAAAUACAAAAGAAUUUUUUCUGUUGGCACACAAGGGAUUACAACUUACAAUCCUAACAAUUUGGAAAUUACAAAUAGAUGGCCCUACAGUGAUUUCAUAUCUAUCACUCCAUUGAGAGGUGGAAAUCACAAUGAAUUUCAGAUUACUAUGAAAAAGGAGAGGAAAGUAGAUAAAAUGACUUUUUCUUCUGAUCUCAGAACAUUCAUCUUAACAGAAGCUCUUAAGUUUAGAACUCACUUUUCUGAGAAACCCAAAGAAAUACUGAGAUACCAAGCUUACAAACAUCACUGGUCUGAUAUAAGAUUGCCAAUUAUACUAGAAGUCACAUCAUAUUCUUUAGAUCAACUGGAUCCUACUAGUAAUACUGUCCUUGCCAGUUACAAUUUCAAAGAUUUUGAAGGAAUAUGUACAGUUUCAGAUUAUCCUGGAGGAUUUGUGAUAGUUUGCGGAGGAUUUGGUCGUUUGCAUUUAUUUCAAUCGCCGCAUUAUGAGAGUAUCAAAAGUAAAAUUUUGGAAUCUGCAACCGCCAAUUUAGGAAUCAAUAUCAAGGUGUUAAGUAAGCCAAUAUCUUUAGAGGAUUUUCAAGUUCAACGAUUUGGAAAGUACAGUGAUGAUGAAUAUAUUACUGCUGUAUCAGAAUUCUCAGUGUACAAAAUUCAAAAAGCUAGACAUAAUGAACCUGUUCGAAGAACGCUGUGUCUCUCGGAGCACUGUAUAUUGGAAAGAGAUCCACAAACCUACAGUAUUUGUACUUUACAACCAUUAAAUAAUAUAUUUGCUCUCGUAAGAGAUAACAGCAAUCUGCAGCUGUUUUCUAUUGAGUAUUUAAAUGGGCAGACUAGAACAUAUACUACAACGGACAGAGAUUCACUAUUAGCCUCAUUGUUAGAUGGCGUAAGAGCUGCAGGUAAUAAAGAUGUGCAUGUCACGAUGGUUGCCACUGAUCGGGGAUUGAGGUUAAGUCCUCUGAGUAUACCCGUAGAUGAAGAAGCAGAAAGUUUACACCUGAAACUGCUUAUGAAUCCACCACCUUCCAAACCUUUUUCUCAAUGUUUGAGGAGGUUCAAUAGCAAUAUUCCUUAUAGCGGGCUUCUAUACAGCAUAACACAAGAGGGUAUAUUUUCAGAAAAUAAAGAAAAACUUAUCACUGGCGUACUGCAAUCGUUAGUAUCAAAGGAAGGUGACCAAAAAACCAUUAGUUUAGUCGAAUUGGAAGCUCAAUUCCAAGGACUAAGACGUCUAGUAGCCAGUAAAGUAGGAUAUGCAUCAUUUACAAAAUUACCUGGUUUUAGGGAAGCCAUAGGACACAAAGUUAUUGCAGCAUUGAAAAGAGAUGAUUAUGCCGUGACUCAAGCUGCUAUAGAUGUCAUUUGCGCAUUAAUGCAUCCGAUGCACGACGAUUACGAUCUGAGACAGGAACAACUCAACAAGUCGUCUUUGUUACAAACAAAGCCGUUCCUAGACAGUCUUUUGAACAUGUGGACUCAACAUAUUGCAGUUGGUACUGGUGCCUUGAUCGUAUCGGCCAUGUUGGAUUUUUUAACGUUCGCCUUGUGUGUACCAUACAGCGAAACGACGGACGGAAAACACUUCGACACUCUUUUGGAAAUGGUUUCCGAAAGAGGACGGAUGCUGUUUCGUUUGUUUCAGCAUCCAUCAAUGGCGAUAGUAAAGGGAGCUGGCCUAGUCAUGCGUUCGAUUAUCGAAGAAGGAGAGUCCGAUGUAGCGGAAAAAAUGCAAAACUUGGCCCUUGCCGAAGGAGCUUUACCACGACAUCUUUUGGCCGCUCUCUACACUCAAGGAACUGACGGCAGACUGCUGACGCAUAGACAGCUAUCUAGACAUUUAAUCGGCCUUUGGGUUACGGGAAAUCCCAUUGCCAUGGGUUUAUUGAAGAGGAUAAUGCCAACGGGAUUGAUAGCAUUUUUGGACUCACAAGAUCAAAUACCGAAAGAUGCAGUCGAACAAGAGAUGUUAAAUAAUAGAGAUAACCUCAAGUUAGCCCAAGACCAUGCGAACAAGAUAAAAAGAAACCCGAACUGGGUAGCCGUAGAAAGACAACUUAAACUUAUGGAAAAGCGAGUUGAACAUUAUACCAAUCUAGCUUUACAGCAUUGGGGAACUACUGUAGGUAUUCAGCUGAAACGAGAGGAGAAGAUCAAAGAACGACCGAUUGUUUUGAGGAGAAGAAGGGAGAGGAAGAAAGCGGAAUCUAAUUGGCCGCUUUUUUAUUGGAAUUUCAAUAGGGACCAUUCCCUACCUAAUUUGAUAUGGAACCAUAAGACUAGAGAAGAAUUGAGAAGUGCCUUAGAAGCGGAAGUACGGAAUUUCUCGUCAGACAGAGAAUUGGCUCAUUUGACUCUUGUAGCUUGGAACCAUCAAGAAUUUGAAGUAAAUUAUGCCUGCCUUGCUGAUGAAGUUAAAAUUGGUGAUUAUUACUUAAGACUGUUAUUAGAAAUUAAUGACGAUGAUUCUCCAAUUCGUAGAACAUAUGAAUUUUUUAAUGACUUAUAUCAUAGGUUUUUGUUAACUAAUAAAGUUGAAAUGAAAUGUUUAUGUCUCCAAGCCAUGUCGAUAGUUUACGGUAGAUAUUUUGAAGAUAUUGGACCGUUCAGUGAUACUAAGUAUAUCGUAGGGAUGUUGGAAAGGUGUGUCGAUCGUUUAGAGAGGGAUAGAUUAAUAAUGUUUAUUGAAAAGUUAAUAUUACAUCACAGAAACGUCAGAGAUAUUCUCGAUGUAGGAGGCGUUCAAAUUUUAGUGGACCUAAUGACAUUAGCACAUUUACAUACGUCAAGAGCCAUGAUACCGACUCAAACCAAUGUCAUCGAAGCCGGUCCUGGUAUGAAAAUUGCCGAAGAAAAAGAAUGGUAUUACAAUCGUGAUAAAGGGAGGGAAGGACCCGUUUCGUUUAGUGAGAUGAAAGACUUGUACGAGAAAGGAAAAAUUAAUCACAAAACUCGAUGUUGGGCAAUGGGCAUAACCGGAUGGCGACCCCUAUCUCAGCUACCUCAAUUGAAAUGGUACCUUUUAGCUAAAGGCUCGCCCGUACUAAACGAAAGCGAGCUGGCGACGUAUAUAUUAAAUAUUUUAAUUAAAAUGUGUCAGUAUUUCCCAAGCCGAGACGCAGACGACGCUGUGAUAAGACCUUUACCUAAAGUAAAAAGACUGUUGUCGGAUCAGGCAACCUUGCCAAAUAUCGUACAGUUACUCCUUACUUUUGAUCCUAUCUUGGUUGAAAAGGUGGCUACUCUUUUGUGCGAAGUAAUGACAGACAAUCCAGAAAUGUCCAAACUAUACACUUCCGGUGUGUUUUACUUUAUUAUGAUGUAUACGGGUAGUAAUGUGUUGCCUGUUGCGAGGUUUUUAAAACUAACACAUUUGAAGCAAGCGUUUAAAACUGAAGAGGAAGCAUCACCGAUCAUACAGAAGAGUAUUUUAGGAAGGCUUCUUCCUGAAGCAAUGAUACAUUAUUUAGAAAAUUAUGAGGCUGAAAGAUUUGCCCAAAUCUACCUAGGGGAGUUUGAUACACCAGAAGCAAUUUGGAAUUCUGAAAUGAGGCGGAUGCUGAUAGAAAAAGUGGCAGCUCACAUUGCAGAUUUUACCCCUCGUUUACGUAGUCAUACUAUGGUCCGAUAUCACUACAUUCCCAUACCCGCUGUUAGAUAUCCACAGCUAGAACACGAACUGUUUUGUAACAUAUUUUAUCUACGCCAUCUGUGUGACACUCACAAAUUCCCUGAUUGGCCUAUUCCAAAUGCAGUUCGAUUGCUGAAGGACGUGCUGGAAGCUUGGAGAUCGGAGGUAGAAAAGAAACCGCCGUUAAUGACAUUACAUGAUGCGUAUACAACUCUUGGGCUUAAUGACAAUCAUCACGAUGAGGCUACUGUAAGGAAGGCGUAUUACAAGUUGGCUCAGCAGUAUCAUCCUGAUAAAAAUCCAGAAGGAAGAGAAAUGUUUGAAAAAGUGAACGAAGCUUAUGAAUUUUUGUGUAGUCGAACUAGUUGGACAGGUAAUGGGCCCAAUCCAAAUAAUAUUGUGCUGGUAUUACAAACUCAAAGUAUUUUGUUCCGAAGAUAUUCUGAAGAUUUGCAACCAUACAAGUAUGCUGGCUAUCCUCAAUUAAUUAAAACAAUUAAAAUAGAAACUGCAGAUGAUCAAUUAUUUUCCAAGAAUGCUCCUCUUCUUACCGCUGCUUGUGAACUGGCAUAUCACACGGUGCACUGUUCUGCUCUAAAUGCUGAAGAACUGCGACGUGAAAAUGGUUUAGAGGUAUUAUUAGAAGCAUAUACUAGAUGCGUUGAUGUUCUCAACAAUUCUUCAAAGCCUGACGAAGUACCCGUUCAAGUUUGCACACAUAUAACAAGAUGCUUUACCGUGGCGGCUCAGUUCCCAGCCUGUAGGGAAAAAAUGGUUGAACUGAAGCAACUAGUACAUGAUCUAUGUAGGCUUCUAUACUUUAAGCACUUGACCAAACUUUGUUCCGUUGCAACAGAAUGUGUUACUGCACUUUCCAUGGAUUCGAUACUGCAAAUGGAAUUGCUCAAAUCUGGCGCCUUGUGGCAUCUGCUAUUGUAUAUGUUCAACUACGAUUUCACAUUAGACGAGGGCGGUGUAGAAAAGAGUGAAGAAGCGAACAAACAAGAGGUCAGUAAUAUGCUUGCAAAGAAGGCGGUGCAAGCUUGUGCAGCUUUAGGAGGAUACGUACAAGGUGAUGAUAAACCACCGCCGAAUUCACUUACAAGGGGUAUUUUAAAAGAGCUAUUGACCGGCUAUCUGAGCGAACAACUUGGAGAUGAAAAACCAGAAGAGAUAUUGAAGAUUCUUAAUAGUAAUACCGAGACGCCGUACCUGAUUUGGGAUAAUGGAACGAGGGCUGAGCUUAUGGACUUUUUGGAGACACAAAGGAAUAAUCGAAACCAAGGCGAUUUCUAUAAUCCAAAUGAAUUCAAGUAUUCUGCUCAUGAUGGGGAACACAAAAUUGGCGACAUAUUCAUCAAGAUUUAUAACGAACAACCAACGUAUCCGAUUAAGGACCCCAAGGGCUUUGUGAUAGAGCUCCUAAAUUACGUAAAACAACAAUCCCCAGACCUCCUAAAUUUAGUAAACAUAGCGUUUUCUGUUACCAUAGAAGAUAGGUUAAAAUAUACUGUGAUGACACUUGAAGCUUUAACAAAUGUGAUAAGAAACAACGUCGGCGUUGAGACACAAUGCAUCGGCCAUUUUAAAUUACUUUUCGGUUUACUCAACGUCAACUAUAUUCCAAUCCAGAAAGGUGCACUAAACGUUAUUUCAUUGGUUACGAGAAAUAACGACUGCAUUACUGAUAUAGCUACCAGUGAAGUAUUAGGUUAUUUAUUGUUGGUGAUUUAUACUCUCCAAGAUUCGCAACCGCAGACUUUAGAAGCUCUGUAUGCGUUGAUGGCAACUACCAAGAUUGUAAAGGAAGCAUUAAACAAAGGAGCGGUAAUCUAUCUCCUCGAUCUGUUUUGCAACUCAACAAAUCCGCAGGUAAGACAGACGUGCGCAGAAUUAUUAGCGAGGAUGAAUUUGGAUAAGUUGGUUGGUCCGAAAGUGAGAUUGGCUUUAGGCGCUUUUCUGCCGCCGAUAUUCGCCGACGCCAUGCGGGACAAUCCCGAAGCUUCGGUGAAUAUGUUCGAGAGUGCCCACGAACACCCGGAACUUAUUUGGGAUCAAGAUGCCAAAGAUAAUGUGUGCAAAGUGGUAGCUAGAUUUAGAAGAGAGCACCAGACUGAACAAAGCUGCAAUCCUUCCAUCCAGUGGAAGAUGCCCGAUACCAACGGCCUCACGAAUCUCGCCACGCCCAACGAAGUUGUUGUUGGAGGUGUUUAUCUGAGAAUAUUUAUCGCUAAUCCGUCGUGGAAUUUGAGAAAACCGAAAGAAUUCCUCACGGAAUUGAUGGAAACUUGCCUUAAUCUUAUGAGUAAAGACAAACCUAAUGUAGAAUAUUUAGAACUAUGUACAACUGCCUUAUGUGCUCUGCUGCAAUCACAACCGGCUCUCUUAGAUCUGGUACCAUCUAUGGGACACAUUCCUAGAUUAUGUCGACAAAUGGGAUCUAACAUUAGACAAAUAGUUGUACCGAAAUCUGCCAUAUGUAUACUUAACUCAUUAUCCAUGAGUACGAUAUGCGUUAGCGCCAUUGCUCAAUCGGACUGCAUGCAUCCUUUGAAGCAGGCCAUGCAGGUACGAAAAGAUAUGGUAGCCGUUGCCUGUGAGGCCCUCAACAGGCUGUUUUCCAGUAAUCAGGACCAGUUGAUAAAACAGGCCUUAGAUGUAGAAUUUGUCCAAUUCUUACUCACGUUAUUAGAAGCUAGACUAGAAUUAAUCGAUAAUCCAGCCAUGACAAAAGCACAAAUAGUUAAAGCCCUUAAAUCUAUGACUAGAAGUCUGAUGUACGGCGAGAAAGUGACUUCGAUUUUGGAGAAGAGCAGCAUUUGGUCGGAAUAUAAGGACCAAAAACACGAUCUGUUUAUUUCUAGUACUCCUAUUUCCGGAUAUUUAACAGCAGGUACACCUGCAACUGCUGGUUACUUGACACAGGGACCUAGCGCCAAAGUUAAUUCCGCUCCACCUCCAGUAGACCGAGACGAUCCGCUCAUAAGAAAUGACGGUAUCUGACUUAUGAUCCAUCGUUCCUGUGAUUAUGGUUAGAACAAAGAAAACAGUAUGACGUAUAUUACUUGGUAAAAGUUGAAUUGUUUCUAUUCAUUUUCGUUGUCUGCAUUAGACAGAUACAAUAAUUAUAAUAAUAUCCAUUUUUUUAGUGAAUUUACAAUUUUUGGUUAACAUUUUUUGCGACCGUCAUUAUUUCUCAUAAAUUAUGAUUUCCAGGUUGCUAUUGCUAUUCAUGGGCGUUUUUGAUUAUUUUUAUUAUUGUUAUAGUUAACUUCAUAGUAACUAAUCUCAAACAACUAUGAUUUCAAUCGAAUUAUUUGCUAAAUUGAUCAGUAAAUUGCAAUGACAUUAAUGUAGACAUCAGGGGAGAUAUGGAAGAAAAGAAACGUCGAAAUUUUGUCGUUAUUACAUAAUAGAAUAGCUAGAAUGGGAGAAACUGUCAAAUAUACUUUUGUAGAAUAGAGAGGAACAUGUAGUACACACACUUAUACCUAGUAGCAACGAUGCAUGUAGUAUACUU